UUAGCAUUCUUAUUGGUACAACUCUCUUUUUCAUCAGAUGUUGAUUCCUUUGGGUGUAAAUCACUUUUGGAACAAAAAGUAGAAGAAUAAAAGAACGGAAGCUUUUUCAUCCCAAAUGACUUUAAGAGUAAUGCAACGCAAUUCUUUAUGGUUGCCUCGUAUUGUUUUCGGAAGUCUGUCUCUAGUUACUUUUGGUUUAGGCUCAUGGCAAGUAAAAAGAUACUGGUGGAAAAAGAACUUGUUUGAGGAAAGAGAAACCAAAUUACACUCUCCCAAAAUAGUAUUGCCUGGUCGCGUAAUGAAAGAAAAUGAACAUCACGUAGCUGAGGCUUCGGGUAGUUUUCAACAUGAGAAGGAAUGUUUGAUUGGUCCUCGACCUGCACCUUCUUAUGUUCCUAUGCAUAUGUUACAAUGGGGAGGUAGUGUUGGUUACAAUGUAGUUACUCCUUUUUUGCGCCAAAACGGAGAAGAACCCAUUUUGGUUAAUCGAGGUUGGAUACCACAAAGACUAGCUACACAUAAGAGUAGAGCCAAGGAUGACUUUUAUGGUAACGUUACUAUCGAAGGAAUAGUUUCUUCUGGAGAAAGACCCGGUUUGUAUACUCCAGAUAAUGAACCAGAAUCCGGUUCUUGGUUAUGGUUGGACGCCAUAGCUAUUUCAGAUAGUUUAGGUUUUAAACAGCCUGCCUAUGUAUUGAAUUUACUAUCACCUGUACCUCCUUCAGGAUGGCCUUGGCCACACAAGUUGGAGGCCUUUAAAGACUUUACUAUUAUGCCUUCUACUCAUCUACUAUAUGUGGGUACUUGGUAUGGUCUAUGUAUCACUUUUGCAGUUCUGACCUGGAUCAAAUUUGGACCUCAAAGAAUUCGUGCAAGAUUUUCUUAAACGGGAUAUUCUUAGAUUUCCUUUUGCGGUGUUCUAUUAUCAGUGUAGAGAGGAACUUCAACUACAAAGGAAGAUUCUGCUACCUUUUUCGACUGUCUAUAUAUCGUUCCUCGAAAGUUGCAGUGUUGUGGGUUGAGUUCAGUCACCCGCGUGAUAGGGUCCAUUGCUUCCACAACUAUAUCCAGUUUAUCAAGAGGCUUUACAAGUUGACGAAAACGACAAGUUUUUAACAAAGGCACGUUCAAUCGUUGUUGUCCCAAAACUUGUGUCAUAUAUACUGCGGCUGUCUGAAACUGAAGUUCUAGUAACCACACUCCAGGGAAGACAGGAUUAUCUGGAAAGUGACCCUUGAAACAAGUUGGUUGAAUUUCUUUGAUUAAAUGGACAGUUUUUUGUUUAUAAUCUAUCCAAAGUUGGUCGUUUGACUUUAAUAACCAUUGCCUAUCCAAAAGUGCAGUUGUCCAUAAGGACUUGAGACAAAUCCAUUUUCGUUCCAUAACCAUAUGGGAGAAUGGGAAGAGAGAGUUGUCGAAUUGUAAAAAUAGAAAGCUAAUAUCACUUCUCAUCAAUAUACAAAGUAAGAAAUUGAAGCAAGCUUGUAUAUACAAAGUAUAAGUGGUUACUCAAAAGCCACUAGUUGUUAUGAUAUGAAUUAAAAACACGCACACAGUU